ACGUCGAAUUGCUUCGGAAAUACAAUUUUGACUGGCAUUGAUUUGGAAUAAAUGAAAGACAUUUCUCUUGCACUUUGCAGUAGGAUCUUCGAGACUGAUAGUGAUACUUCAUUUUUAGAUCGCCAGAGUACUCACCAAUAAUGUCUCAAAGUGAUAUAGGGGACUGGUAUCGCGGAAUUCCGCAAAUAACUCGUUUUUGGUUCACUGGUUCUAUUGUAGUCCCACUCAUAGCCCGAUUUGGGCUGGUUAGCAUGAAAUUAUUAAUCCUGAGCUUUGAACUGGUUUUCUACAGAUUUCAAAUAUGGAGGCCAGUAACAGCAGUUUUCUUCUUUCCAAUCACUCCAAUGACUGGAUUUCAUUACCUUAUUCAGCUUUACUUUUUAUACAGCUACUCAACAAGAUUAGAAUCAGGCAUUUUUGAUGGCCGACCAGCAGACUAUGUUUUCAUGUUAAUAUUCAACUGGAUUUGCCUUGUUAUCAUUGGGUUUAUAGCACCUUUAUUGAUGCUAAUGGAGCCAAUGAUUCUUAGCGUCCUCUAUGUGUGGUGUCAGCUCAACCGUGAUACAAUAGUCUCAUUCUGGUUUGGUACUAGAUUCAAGGCUAUGUAUCUUCCCUGGGUUCUUGUUGCUUUCAAUUGGAUCCUUAGAGGAGGUGGACUAGCUGAGCUGAUUGGUAUAGUGGUUGGUCAUCUUUACUUCUUUCUCAUGUUCAAGUAUCCUCAAGACUUCGGUGGAACUGCUUUUCUCUCUACUCCUCAAAUCUUAUACAAAUAUUUCCCAAACCGUCGUGGAGGAGUCAGUGGAUUUGGCCAGGCACCAGCUUUCAGGAGAGAUCGACCUGAUGACAGAGGACAAGGACAGGGACGUCAUAACUGGGGCCAGGGCCAAGUCUUAGGGGGUGGCAACUAAAGUACUUUCAUUGUAAUUGUAAUGUGAAUGCUUUCAAAAUAUUUUGCGUAAAGAUAAUGUUGAUUAAUAAUAGCAAAAGUUUGGUAUGAAAGAGAUGAAGGAUAGCCUUUAUCUGAUUUCUCUGAAUCCGAUCCAUGCAAGAGUUUGUUUCAUCAACAUGUGUUGUCUGACGAGACAACUUUCUUUGGUAUUUAUUGGCUGUGAAGCACAUGUGUCUGAUUAUUACCAUGGUAACUGUCUGAUAAGAAUAAGACAGACCUUUGAUUUUCAUCAAUUUAAACAUCCAACAUGUCCUUUCAUGAAAUGUUCCCCUACUGACUUUUCAAUAAAGUGAUAGAAAUGAUCGCAUAUCAUGAUCUAGGCUACACUUUGGGUGCUCAAAUGAAUUGUUUGCUGUAUACUUAACUUUAAUAUCCUAUUGACAGAAAUGUCAUACUGUAGCGACUUUUAAAUGAAAGCUUUUGCAAAAAAUUCUAAUGUUUAUUUCUUUGAUACUUAGGGUAUUUUUGAAUCAACUAUGUUUGAAUAGAUACGACCUACAUUAUGUUUGACGUUUAUAUAUGUAGUAAUUUCAUUUCAGGUGAAAACUAGUUGAAUUUUCAAUGUGCCAACUUUCCCACUGCUUGAGCUUAGCUUCGAUACAUUAUUAGAUUAAUAAAUUAAUGUUUUUUGUAAAAUAAUUAUAAUCCACAUCAUUAUUUGAUUUUUUUUCUUUGUAGAUAAACUGACAUAAAAGAUGAUAUUUGACAAGUAUUCAGAUGUGGUUUCUCCAUAUUUGAAAAAUAUUAUUGAUAUAUACUAUAGAUAGAUUUAGCAUCAGCCAAAGCUGACUUUUUAAAAAAUAAAAUAAAACAAACAAACACCAUCGCCAGUAACAUUGUAAUAUGUGCUUGAUAAAAACAAAUUUAGCUUACUGCUAUAUCAUUGAGGUUUCCAGCCCAUAGGACCAAUUCCUAAACUAUAAUACAUAAGAAAAUCAGACCGUGAUCUGUUGUCUUUUUUUACGGGAAUCCAGCCAUGGCCAUAAAAUGUUGUGUUGGAAAGGAGAAAAAUAAAUUAAACAGAAUGUGAAAGUAUUAAAGAACUUGGACAUGCAAAAUUAAAGUUAUAACUGCUUUAAAAGUGAGAUCCCUAUUGCUAUGCAUAUUUCAAAUUGGCAACUGGGCAAGUAAAUUAUGACAAGGGGCAAGGACAAAUUUCCCAUUGGCCAUGUACUGAAUUAUCAGGAUUUGUAGUUUCUUGAGGUAUGCAUUCCCUUGGGGCAGGAAUAUCUGAUAUAAAGCAGGUGAUAUGUCUUAUGUACUCCUGAAAGAAAAGUAUGAUUUGGUGUAAAAGUUUGGAAAAACAUGACAUUUUAGCCAUUUUAUGUAUUGGAGUACAUGGAAGAGUAUUCCUUGCCUUACAUCAUUAUGACAUCACAUAAACUGCCAAUUUGAAGUCUGUGUGGAUAUAGUGAUUACCCAUUUUUUACAACUUUUACAAAUUGAUAAUUGUUUAACCGAUAUUCAAACUUUCUUCUAUCACCUUGUCUGAUUUUUCUCUUUCCUCUAAAAACAAGUUUUUAUUUGGGUUGGAUUCCCCUCUUUUUAAGGAACCAUCUGUAAGGCCACAGUUUUAUAUUUGUUAUCUAAAAAGAAGCCCCCCCCCCCACACACGCAAAAAGGGGAGAUAUUGUAAGCUUCUACACCCAGAUAACUUUGUGAUCAAAGUUCUAUCUUUAUAUUUAUAAGAGUCUUUUCUGGAUAAAUUUCCAUUUUUCAUUUUGUAUUGAAAGUGCCUUACAUGUUUUAGUUUAUAUUACAUUUACAACCAUCUGCUGUGUUAUCAAUUCAGAGAAUUUUUGAAAAAUACAGAAAGAUGAAUUAACUAUCAAAUAUAUACCACAAAACUUGCUUUAGUGACCACCUGCCCGGAACUGAAUUUUUGUUCCCUUGGACAUUUCAUCAUGAUAUUUUAUUGUAUAUUAAUGAUCAUGUAUGUAAAGAUCAUCUGCUCAUAAAGGUCAUAUUUUGCGUCCCUUCUAGAGUGGUCUUUAUCAGGGUUCCCACAGUCAUGGAAAAUCCUGGAAAAAUUUGUGGUCAUGGAAAGUCAGAGAAUUUUGAAAAUUUGUGAAAAGUCAUGGAAUGGCAUUUACCUCUUGGCUAUGGCAGCUUUCCAGUUUGUCGUGUCUCACAACUCCUGGGAAAAUUUGUGGUCAUUGAAAGUCAGGGAAUUUUGAAAAUUUGUGAAAAGUCAUGGAAUGGCAUUUACCUCUUGGCUGUGGCAGCUUUCCAGUUUGUCGUGUCUCACAACUCCUGGGAAAAUUUGUGGUCAUUGAAAGUCAGGGAAUUUUGAAAAUUUGUGAAAAGUCAUGGAAUGGCAUUUACCUCUUGGCUAUGGCAGCUUUCCAGUUUGUCGUGUCUCGCAACUCUCAUACUCUGCUAUUUUAAUUGGUGUUCAUGAUUUCCAUUUUUCCCAGUUUUGUGACAUCUCAAAUUCUACGUAACUCCCAGGGCGUCACAGGAACUCAUGGAAAGCAGCAAUAAAGUCAUGGAAUUCUGUUUUCAAAUUUCUGUGGGAACCCUGCCUUAUAUAUCAAUGCUGGGCAACAAACUUUGCAUAGGAGUGUGAAAACUGAUGACACAAACUAAUGUAUCCAAUAAGAAAGUCUGUAUUUCACCACUCUGUAGUAGUUUUUAUGAAAAGAGCUAAAGUCUCAGGAUCGUUUACUUGAUAGUUUGUGUCGCAAUGAAACAGAGAAAGAAACAGAAUUUCCCAAAAAAUUUGAGAUACAAGAUCUUGUCAAUCAAGCAAUGUAGUGUGUUGUGAGAUGAUGAAGUGUACCUAAAUUGUACAUGUCAUUAGUUUUGAGCAUUUGGGAGGGGGUUGGCUGAUGAGCUCGCAUUUUUGGUCUAAGGCAUGUAAUUCCCUGGUCGAUGUUUAAUUGUAGUGUUACAAAAAUCCAAUAUUCUGCUUUAUAUUUCAUGCUUUAUAAACAGUAGCCAAGAAUAAGAUAUUGUGGAUUUUUAGUUUAUGUAGGAGGUUAAGAACGAUUUUUAAGUUUGGCUGACAUGUUUUUUCUUUGCCCAUUUUAGCUCUAUUUUG